GCGCAGAAACUAUCGUGUGUAAGUUGUGUCGGGGGAGAGUAGGGGGAGAGAGAGCAGGUAGCGACGGUAGAAGCAGGGCGGCAGAGGGUUGGCGGGGCGGUGGUAGUCGCGCGGCCGUCGGACUAACACGGUGCGGUCGUCAUUGGGCGUCGGGACGCCGUGGCGACGCGGUCUCGACUCGAAAGCACGCUCGGUUGGCGAGCACGCGCGCGCCAAGUGUGUUCGGAACGCGACACGAGGACCGAGUGCGCGAAUUUUGCCGCAUCGUUUUCUGCAGCCACGUUAACACCCCGCCGUACUCCAAAUCGCCGCACACUUUUCCACGCACGGAGCCAUACACACACACACGCGCGCGCGCGCACACAUCUUCCUGUACACGGUCACAUAUCGUCCGAAGCGUGAGUCGCGAUCCUCGUCGUGAUCGGCAGAGUUGGUGCGGAUUUCCGUUUGUUUCUCGAUACCGUCCAGCAUCGCGGUUGGUUCGCGUGCCGCGUCGUGGCUCGCGCGUGUGAUCGAUCGAAGAUUCUUUCGCGAACGGAAUCACGAGAUCGGGCCGAGGUUGAAGAGGCUGUUCGGUGCGUCGCGUCGGGACGAAGUUCACGCCACGCGAACUAGGUCCUCGAUCACCGUACGAAGAUCCUCUUUUUAGGUUGUUCUCGAGUACAAGUUCCACGUUGGUCGUGCAAUCGCGAGGAAAGUGUUUGAUCGAUCGUGAUCGGCAAUCGUAGAAUCCUGCAAAGUGUGCGCGUUUUGCCUCGUACGAGCGAGAGAGAGAGAGGAGAAGAAAGCGAAAGAUAGAGAAAUAGAAAGGUAGAGAGAAAGAAGGGGAAAAUAAGUGUGGACACGAUCGCCGGCCGAUAUCCCGGCGUGGAUACAACGACGAGUGUUCGGUUUGGUUGGAUCUCAUCGAAGGUGGAGGAGACGUCGCACGAUGAGACGGACGACGAGAGAAUGUCGCGCGGAUGCCGCGGGAUUCGUCUCAGUCGUCCGACUGGUCGACCGGUGGCCGUUGAAAGCGUCGAAGAGGAGCGCGUUGCGGAGAGGCUGAAGGGCAGCAGGUCGUCCUCAAUGCCGUAUCAUGAUCUGAUGGGACGAGUCAUGUCACGUGUCGUCGGGACGCUGCUCGCGCGCUCGACGCUGCUGACGAGCGUCGCCGCGGCUCUCGUCGUGCUCUUCUGCUGCUGCAGGUGCACUCGCGCCAGCGAGUUCCCCGAGAGAGAGUGCUGCGACCUGAUAUUCCCGAUCCCGGAGCCAACCGGAAGAUCCACGUCCGCGCCGACGCCAACGGGGAGAAGCGGAUCCGACAUCAAAGUACCGGUUGCAAUACUGAACUGUCUUUACGCGCGUCAAUUGUGCUUCGAGGAUCCAUCCUGCAGCGCCAUUCUCGAGAUUAUACCGAGGGUCUGUGGUCCAGAACUGGUGGCUUGUUCGACGGUGACAGUGACAAAGUGUCAAGCGGCCCUGCACACUCUGCAAGCUUUCCCUUUCUUCCGCCCAACGUGCCUCUGCAGGGAACCGCAUGUAGAUCCGGAUUGCAACAGUUUUCAGAAUUUCCUCUUCGACCACCCUUGCAUCUACGUCUCAAAGAAAGAUAAGGAUCCGUACGCCAUCGACGCUCUGCCAACCUGCAAUCAUGCGCUGAGCGUCUGUUUACGCGGCAAAUCGUGCAGCCAGAUUUUCGAGGACUUCAAAAGCAACUGCAAAGCGCGGGAGGGCAAGUGCAGGAUGGAGAGUCGCACUGCCUGUCACGAUUCUUGGACCCAGCUGCGGCUGUCCCCGAUGUUCGGUUGCAUCUGUCCAAACAACCACAUAAAAAGACGCUGCGACAGGAUCUUCUCGAUGGUGAAUCACAAUCCGUGCGUUGAGUUCCUGCCCUCCUCCACCUCCGUAGACCUGUCGGGCACGGACUCGGCCCUGUAUCCGUUCGACCCGCAGCAGGAGAGCUACCAGGAGAUCUGGUUACCGCCGACCAGUAUGUACCCCUAUUUUCUGUUCCCCGGGGCCGCGCGCACCUCGUACUACGACCACGAGAGCACGUACGACGUCCAGGAGCCGGGACAGAGGCGUCAGCACGGCCAUCGUCAUCAGCACGGCCGUCAUCAGGAAGCACCGGAAUUGCCUGGCAGGCCCGGUGUCCUCGUGGUCGAGACGUACGAUCCUCGUGCCGAUCACGAGAACCGGCAGGAGGCUCGUGCUGGUACCGACGACGAGCAUCGGCCUCUGUACAGGCAGAAAGAUACGGAUGAUCGUGAAAUGGAGGGACCUGAGAGCUUCUAUGAUCGCGGCUCUUCUUCGUCUUCUUCUUCUUCUUCUUCUUCCUCUUCUUCUUCUUCUUUUUCUUCAUCUUCUUCUUCUUCUUCCUCUUUUUCUUCUUCUUCUUCUUCUUCCACGUUGUCCAAGCAUGAUCGUGCCUCCAGCACAGUGCACCUGCAGCCAAGGCACUCCCAAAGCGAGCAUGACGCGCACCUGCACCAUCAUCACCAUCACCAGCACCACCAGCACCACCAGCACCACCCUGCACCACCCGCACCACCGUCCGCCGCGACGUCGUCUUCGUCUUCGUCGUCGUCGUCGUUGUCAUCGUCGUCGUCGUCGUGGUCGAGUUAUCCGUCACCGGCUCGUCCAACGCCUACCGUGGACGAGACAAAACGUAUCGAGAGGCCUGACCUUGUGCAGCCGAAGAAAUUCGCACCGAGACCCACCUACGAGCACCGGGCAAUCUUCGAUCGCGCCGACGACGACCUCGAUGACGAGUUCAGGAUCGGCGCGCUACCAGUCGACCGGCUCUUCGAUCUCCGCGAGGCCUUCGAAGGGUUCGUCGACCAAGUGAAGGUCAUCUCGCAUCCGGACAACUCGACCAGCUUCGAGGUGAUCGAGUCGCAGCUCGAGAAUCCGUUGAUCGACACGGAACAUCGUGAUCUAGUGGACAUGAAGCAGAUACCUGUUCCCGUAGGACACAGUCAUAAGACGCAGCAUAAGAGGAACCAGACGGACGAUCGUAAUCAGACGUCCGUGGUGUUACCAUCCGCCUCGUCGGAUCUGGACAAGAUCCAGCAGCCGGUCAAGGUCGUGCUUUCCAGCACUUGUCACCACGCGUACAAUGCUUGCAGGAACGAUCCAGAGUGCAAGGUAUUGAUGGAACCGGUGCUGAACCAUUGCGACUCGACGAGUUGCGCGAGGAACGAGUGUAUGGAAGCGUUGCAGAAUUUCUACAAAUCCGCGAAUCACAAGCACUCGGUAGAGAUCGCGUUCUGUCUGUGCAGAAAAACAGACGGCAAGAAGGACGAGUGCAUGAUCGCGCAGGAAAAGAUGUACCCUGCGUGCGCGCAACGUACCGAGGGCGAUUUGCCGACCUGUCACAGUUUGGCAGAAGCCUGCAAGGAACACGAGGCAUGCAAAGCGAGGUUGGAGUACUACGAGCAAAACUGCGCGGUGGACAGCGUAACGAAGAAGUGUGCCGGUCCAACGGCAGAAUGCAGGAAAGCGAUGCUGGGAAUACUUGGCACGGAACUACGAUCGAACUGCGCGUGCAAGGGCACGGAGCUCACGCAACUUUACGAUUGCUUGGGCUGGCAGAGACUCCUCUGGGUGAACCCUUGCGUGGUCGAAUCUCAGAAAGAUUAUCACGCGAGGAGGAAACAUCAUCAUUACCCGAGGACCACGACAACGACGGUCUCAUCGACUACCAAGUCACCGGUUAGCACGACGACGGUUACCAUGGUGGAGCAAGUGGAAGAUAAUAAAAUACCGGAAGUGACGAGAUGGACGACCACAGAACCUACAGAAACUUGGGAAAUCACCACCACCAGCAGUACCACCAUAAGUACCACUCCUAGCACUACUACCACAACUACCACGCCACCUCGCUUCUGUGUGGUUCAAAGGCCGAGGCAAAGUCACCAAUACAUAAGGGAGGGCGAAGGCAAGAGGCUGUAUCGCGAGGACGAGCCGGAAUGUUCCGAGCUGUGUCAGUGCGGCGAGGGUGAAGUUUUGAUCUGCAACACGAUCUGCGUGGACUCGUCGCCCUGCAAGACGGACUUUGCAUUUUACAAUCACGAAGCACCGGCGUAUCAGGCGCAUCGCGGACCCUGUCUUUGCUAUAGCGGUCGUUUCAUAUGCAUGCGGCCCUCACCAGACGCUUAUUCUAUACCGCACGGAGUUUUCAUGUUCCUGGGCUACAGCGAAAAGGACGAGAGCUUAUUGCGACGACACAAUAACCUCACCGUCCUGGACGCAGUGUCGUCCCUCGAUAACUUCAUGAGAGAAGAAGUUAAUAACCAGACAGUAUGCACGCUGUUCCUGUACAACGCGACCCGAGAAAACGUGAUUGCAGUGGCGCGUCUCGGGACUGACAAUCCACCCUUAAAUAGCAGUCAAGCUCAAAGUCUGCAGCAUCUUUUGCGCGUCAAGGAGGAAUGCGCCUCGAUGCUGCAGGAUCUCAGCGACAAGAUCAACAACAAACAUCACGAGGUCCAUACACACCCGCUACUGUCGAUCUUCAAGAUGGCCGAGGUCGAGGUCAAGUUGCCGUACAGCAACGAGGUCGGAGGUUUGUCGAGGUCGUCGAGCUUCCUGUUGGUCGCGAUCCUCCUACUGCUCAGCCUGUUUCGAUCGACGUCGACGUGCCUGGUCGCCUCGUGACACCAACGACCCACACCCAUUUCCUAUCGAGACUACUGAAAUUUCUCGAACGCCUAGAAAAAGCUGCACGAACGUCUGCAAAAAGUCAGCGAGAAUCGCGCGCGACAGCCUUCGUGGCUGUUGGAUCAUCAACGAACGUCGAAGUCGCAGUUUAUCAAACGGGGCUCUAAUCUUCGUGCCUCGUGGAUCAAACGAGUAGAGAAUUAUGGAUCGAUGCCGCGAUCGAGGAUCGUGUUCCGUCAUUCUCAUUCGCAAUUUAGAUUUCAUUUUCUUUCCUAUCCGCUCUUUCUUUCCUUUCCACGGUUAUUUCCCUCCCGAUCGACCUUCCAUUUAAUUUUUCAUUCGUUUAUCUUGCCGAAUUUCCUGGCUACUUCGCAACCUCUGCCUCUAUCUCUUUUCCCCUUGACCGCCGAUCGAAAUCGUUUACUCCGAACAGCAAUCCGUCGGUUUCGUCGCAACGUCGUUUCUCGUAUGUAGGUUCGAUGAUCUCUCGCGAGACGCACGCGGCGCGAAGCCAAGAUUUUUAUUGCUACACGGAGUACAGCAUCGCUCGACGCCAACGACACAGCCCACUCGCUACGUGGUCAAUAAUAAAGGGGAUCCCAUGUGCAGAGAAUGGGCGAGGAUCGAAACACAUGGCCCCCUUAGUCUCUCGCUGCUGGAUCAGCGACGAUAUUGCAAGCCAGAUCCCGAACCGAUCUCGGUCAUUAGAAACGCGCGCGACAUUUUCCUUCCGCGCUGCAAGCCGUAACUGCGUCCGAAAGAGUCGCCUCGAUAAACGUGGCCCAGUUCGAAGUAGAAACGUAUCGGAGAUAGUUUCGCCCGAUUUCUCUCUGACUUUCGACGCCGGCUCGCGGUUCCAUCCCAGCUUUUUACAUUUUUUCCAUUAGCAUAACCCUGCGCGCGGCGUCGUAGUAGCAAAUUUUUCCAAGUCGUUCUGGUUAACGUGGCGUUUGAAUACGAAGCAAAUUUGUCGAAUAUCUUCUCUCGAGAAAGAACUCUUAUUUUAAUUCGGUUUUCUGGUCGAGUUGACGGGAUAAAACGCGAGGUCCUCGAUCGCGUGCAACGACGACGCGUGUAUAAAGGAAGCAUCGUAGAGUCUGUAAAUGACGAGCGCUAAUUUACCGUGUAAUUAAAAUAAGCUAGCAGAAAACGCGAACGCUCCUCCUGUAUCGGACCAUUAGGUGUUUAUUAACGUUGUUCAGAGCUAAAUCUAACGGGCGUUUUCAGGCAUAUCGCAAGAGGCUCGAGUGUGUAGAUAAUUUGUAGAUUGUUAAAUAGAAUUGUAACAAAACGAUGUAAUAGAACCGAAGGAAAGGAAGGGAGAAAUCAACGCGGACGUACGAACGUAUGGCUGGAAUGAUUAUCGAAAACGAACGACGGCUAUCUCUCGCGAGAAUCGAUUUAUUAUCACCACGAUAUAAUAAUCGCUAUCUAGAAUUUCACUUUUCUCUUUUUUCUUGUUUUCAGUAACCCGUUUUAUGUUGAACGUAGAUAGCGAUGAUCCGUAGCUCGUUUUACGAGACAGUCGAGAAAGGCCAAAUCCGGCCUGUUUAAUUAUGUUUUAGGUCGUGACACGAUAAAGCUGAUGCGAGUCGAGUAUUAUAUGUAGCGUUGCGAGUUUGCGAUAAUUUGGCCGUUUUGCGAACGGUAUCUGCAUAGACGUGCGAGUACGUGCGCGAGAGACAGCCGCUUUAAAACGGUCGAUUUGUCAGCGGAGAGAAGAGAAAGAAGCGGCAAACCGGGGAAACUUCUAAACAGCUUCCCGGACGCGUGACGUUUACAAACGACGCGGAAAUACACGACCCGAAAUUAUUCAGCGGUAAAAUUCCUCGUUCCGCUCGUCGACUCGAUUAUAAUCUCGGCGCUGGCCAACUUUCGCUCGAAUGGCGAUUUUUGACAUUUCCGAUUGUACUCGCGUGAAACAUCGGCGAGAUUCCAAUAUUUGUCGCAGGAUUUCCUUUCGAUCGAUAGAAAGACGAUUGCGCCGGUAAACUGUCGCCUCUGAAUAAUUUUCCCCUUCAACGUGACGCAUUUAAUUUUCUUUCGAAACGAGAGAAAGCAAAGGUUAAUUCGAAGACGAAAAUUAUCACGGCAAGAAAAGAGGUGUUUAGUUCCCGCGUGGCAAACCAGAAACCGCGUCUCGAGCCGGGGAAAAAAGAGGGUUUAAACGAGACGAGCGUACCUCGCGUCUGACGUAUUCCGCGAAUAGCUACGUGCUGCACGUUAGUCACGAUCACGGAUAAAACGCGGGAAGCGGAAGGGGAUGCCGACGAGUGUUAGGAGCGAGGAUGAAAAGAAACGGCGACCCGAGAAUGCAAGAGAUUCGUCAAUUUAGCAGAAUUAAUUGUGCGUGCGUUCGCGCUCCAGACCGUGUAAAAAGCGGCGUGAACGAGUUCGAAGGAGAUUCCGGUUCGUGUUCGUUCCAGACAAAGGACGUCUCUUUGUUCUAGCAAAAUACCUAUGUAGUUUUAAACCGAACAGAAUAUUUUUCUUUUAGUUUGAAACUUCUGGUAUUUUCUUUUUUUUUUGUUUUUUUUUUGUUUUUUAAAUACCAGUUAAUACUAAUAUCAAUACUAUUAACAAAAUUGAUUUAGAAAUAUUUUUAACCCCGCUGUCCUCGUCGCUUCUUCUUCGCGUCCGUAUCUUUUCCCAGAUAUCUGUUUUCUUCGGACUGUUUCGUUUGUAAAAGGCGUGGUAUACGUAAAAGGUACGAAUAUUGCAUUGGAUUGAAGUAAAAUGAAAUAUUUAAAAGCUAUGUAUAUUUUAAUGAUAUCUAUCGAAAUGAAACAUCCAUUUCGAGGUCACAUAGAACCGAGAAAGACAGCUGGGUUAAACUUAACGAACGUACGUCGAUUUAUUUGGAAUUUUGUCUAUCGACGUUCAUUCGCGUUCCUGCUGGACGUGUGAAUCUUUCCGAAAAUUAAAAGAAAAGUCACGAAACAGUUGGCGAAACGCGUCGAUGCAAUUAGUAGAUAGAAUUUCGACGAAAACGGACGAACGUGAACCGGAUCGAAUGUACGUGACGUGGCUAUCGGCAAAGCAAUAAUGUAUAAAGUUUACGAUCCACGGGCACGUCGCUCAAAAACAGGGGGUGGAUUGGGGUUGACGGGUUAUAUAGCCGAGGCGAAAUGUAUAAAUGUCACGUUAUACAUAACACGCACGUAGGAGAAACCGUAUUAUAAAUGUAACGCGUAUAUAUGUUAAUUCGCGUUGAAAAUCUCAGCCCUGUCGGGCCAACGUACAGCUGAUACGAACAAACAAGAGAAAAGAACUGUCUCUCCUAUAAGAACGUAGAACGAUCGAUUCCGUAAAACAGAUUCGAACAGUUUGGAAAAACUGAAAGAACAGAGAAUCGAACGUAUACGUACGCGUGUAUGUGUGUGUGUGUGUGUGUGUGAGUGUGUGAGUGUGUAUAUGCAUUCUCUUUCACGAAGCACGGAAGACUUUGUCGACGAUGGACGCCUGCUUGUAAAGUACCUGUCGCGUCGAUAACGAAAGAUUCCAAUGUUCUUAGAUGUAAUGAAACGGAUGCACAAAUUUAUGUUGAUUCUGCCGUAGCACGAGAGUCGAAACUGCACCAAACACGCACACGUUUGCGAUCGUCCCCGAGUUUCUAUGCGAUUUACGUUUGGUACAACUGUACAUAAAUUAUGGUCUCGCGUAUGUUCGUUAGAACUAGGAGUUCGUGUGGCCUAACUGUGUAUCUUGUUCGUUAUUUGCUUUCGAUAUUUUACUUUUGUCGUUACGCACACUUCCGUGCUUCGUAGAAACGAACAAGGAUAGAAUCCUAUCGCGAUAAUCGAAAUGGUGUACGACGAAAAUGAACGGAGGUGAAAAUAACGAGUUCGUGUGCCGGGUGUUUAAACGCAGAGGUAAAAGGGCGAGGAAUAAGUUGUUUCUUCCAAUAAGUUACGCUCGUGGGUCUUCGUAUGACUGUCUGAUUCUACUUGGCAUGAUUUACUGUCGAGACUCGACGUUCAAACAUCCGUAUAUAAAGGUUACUCGUUCUGUCGACGCUUUGUACAAACGUUCAUCCUUUUUUCUUUUUUUCUUUUUUUUUUUUUUUUUCGUUUACUCAAAAAAAGUACGAAGACUCAUACGAAAUCGAUUACAAAAGCGACACCGUUGUUUUGAAGUUUCAAGAAACAUUUCGAGAGCUUCGCGAAAAAAGAAGCGAUGGCAAUAAUUUACAGAACGAACGCCAAGCCAAAAAGAAAACGCAACGCGAGAUUGAUCGAGCGUCGUUUCAAAAACUCGUACCGCGUCGCCUCGUAAUACCGAGGUCGACGAAAAACAAUCCGUGCAAAGACACGUUGAUUCCAAUCGAACAUAUCAAGGCCUCUUAGAAGUGGCUAGCCAAUAAGCGGUUUUACUCUGGUUUCACGUAGCUUCAGUUUUUUCGAUGCUUUUUUCGAACGUGCAGACACGGAAAACACUCAAAGUAGCCCGAUCGCGCUCCGUUGCCAUUGCACCAGGGAUUUCUCCGCGUCAGAGAAGCGAUCCGAGACUUUUUUGCCGAUAAAAGACACUAUUUUGUUGAUCUUUUUCUCUUUUCGUCCGAUCGAAUGAAAUUCGGCUCGAAUCUUCGCCGACGAGUUUGCUACUUUACCGAGCGAGCUCACUCGGACGCCUCCCUAGAUACAUCUAGGGGAAAAGCUCUGCGUGGAGGAAAUACCUGAACAUGGCAGCACUGCACCGGCAUAUCGACGCCAAUCGCUACAUAUAAAAACUAAUCGCGAGUGUAUCACCGCGAAGCGAGGACGCUACAAAUGUGGCAGGGGUCAGAAAUCGAUUUUCCACGUGGGUUAUACCGCAUGGUCCUCUCGUAUUCGAUUCCUUAGAUAGUAAGUAAGAUCACCGAAAGCGUUUCUGUUUUACCGACAGCGAGAAACGUAUCGUCGCCCAGUAUCUAUCCUGCUUUAGUAACUAGUUUCGUGGAGAACUACCUCAUUCUUGGUACCGUGACAAAGUUCGUGGUACCGACACCAGGCUACGUCAAUUUUUAGACACUUUUUUACCGUCCACCAGUUGUCGUACUGAUGGAGGAUACAUUACGACCCUCUUAGCGUUUUGUUCGUUCGAUUCUCUGAGCGCAGACGUAUCAUUGCUGACACUCUUACGUUCCUUGUAAUCGGUAUGUCUUGAUUGUUUCUCAUCCAAAGAUUGUUUGAUGAUCGUUUAAUCUUCGCGUGAAGCAAUGGUGUCAGUUCACGUAAGCCUCCUAUGGAAGACGGUAAUUCCCCGGACCUUUCCGUCGGUAAAUCAGAACGAAAGCUCAACCUCUCCGACUACACACUUAACACCUACUAAACGCGCGCAAUUAUACAUAUACCCGUGUGCGUAAAUACAUAUACAUAAUAUACAUAUAUAUAAUAUAUAUAUACAUAUAUUUUAUUACUUGAAACGCACUCUGACCCCGGCCACGCGUGUAAUAUAAAACGUAUGGUUACGUAAUGUAAACUUAAGUAGCGCACCAUUCAAGAUGCUUCAUCCUUCCUAAACGACACACGUAAAUCCUCGUACGACCGCCAGGUUUAAGGGGACCUCGCGUCUCGUAAGCAGGCGACGUCCAGUCAAGCGUAUACUUGCUUACACGAAUCGGUGGAAAAAGACGUGCCGCCCGCGUAUGAUCUAAGGAAACUCAUUUCUCCUUUCACGAAUCAAAAGUCGUUGGAAAAAAUUAUAAUAUCGAGAUCGAGGGUAGAAAAUUCGCCGAUACGAUCGAUCCGAUCGAACGUUCGGCGUAUUAUUCGAUACGGCUAUGAAGAUAAUUCCGUGGAUCGCGAGAUCAGCGUGUUUACGUCAACGGUGAGGCGUGACGGCGCCACUUUUUCCGCCGCGUGAAUAUUUAACGAACUGGGAUGCUUGCGAGACGCCUUUCAGGAGGUCACUUUAGAAAACGCAAAAGUGGGACGUCGCUUUCAGUAGAUCUCUCUCGGUUCGCACGCGGAACAGGCAAACAGAAAAGUGGGAGGAUAAUAAAACUAAGGGGACGUAUUCCGACUCCCCGUAGAUACUCGAAACGUUCGCGAGGAACGUAACCGUGUUCACGAGACUGUCGAGUAUGUCCAUGUGUAUGAGCGCGCGCGCGCGUGCCCGGAAACCCUGUGUAUGGCCGCUUUUUGCUUCGAUCCAGCAACACGCCGGGAGAAAAAUUAAUAGUCUAAUAAGAAAAACCCCUAAAGCGAUUGAUAUUCCAAUCUGGCUAUGUCGUCAACUCGAUGACGGUACCGAAAGAAAGGACACCUUCGUGUAGUUUGUUUUAAUUCACCGAAUCACCUCUGAAAGCGAACAUCGAAUCUUAAAGGGACAAAAAGAAUAUCAAUCGUUCUGCGUCUCAACCGAGGGGUGUCCUCGAGUUAUUUCGUGCUUGUAUAUAGCAAAUGCAACAAUGUGCGAUGGAGAAUUGCCGGCAAAUACGCACCGUAAUUCUAGCUACUAUGUACUCUAAUGGACAACGAUAAUUGCGAAUAAUCGCGACAAAGACGAGACGGACGAAUUCCUUUCGAUCGAUGCAACCCGCCAUCGUAACGAAACUUCAAAAUUCUGAUUUCACGAGAAACACGGAAGAAUCGAAGGAGAAAGGACACCCCUUAAAUUUCAGAAACAACACCCUCUCUCAACUAACCCUCUAGUGCGAUACCGCGAUGUAACGUUGAUUGUAUAUACCUAUACAUAAGUAUACAUACAUAUAUACAUAUAUAUAUACAUAUGAAUAUACAUAAUAUACAUAUGCAUAUACACGAAGGUACGCGUACCUAAAUCACCUAAAUGAUCAACGGAGAUCCUCGAGCGGCCAUCGUCGUCGAAUUUCGCCAAUAUCGGUGGUGCCUCGAUAGCUUCCAGCGAGUUCGCGCGAACGACGACCGCUCGAGGAACGAACAAGCCGCUUAGAAAAAUGUGGUCAAAGCCAUCGAUUAAAAAAAAAAUAAAUAAAUAAAUAAAUAUGGAGAAAAGCGACGUGGCGACGACUAGGGGAACGAAUAUUAACGAAAUUACGAUACACCGGUGCGGGUGGCGAUGGUGUACGAUAGAUGAAAAAUAAAAGAGAGAAUAUUGAAGUGGAGGGUGCGUGAGCGUGCGUGUGGACGAUGCGAACAAGAGCGCGAGUACUUGUUAUAAUAUUAUUAUACGGACGACUAACGAGUUGCCGAGGCGUUGGUAAAUAAAUACGAACGGGUCCUCCAGGGCCUCUGAAAUUAUAAAA